AAACGUCUAUAAACUUCACAAUGUUUCGAUUUAAAUCGGCAAACCAUCGAGCCGUAAUCUUUCUGGGCGGUUCGAAUCCUCAAGCGGAGAACGAAUCAUUCAACCAAUAACAAAAGAACCCUUAGAAUUUUUCAAAACAAUUUUGUCACAAAAAAAAAUAAUCGAGACAGUGCCUCAAUAAAUAUCAAGUAGUUAUGAAUUAAUAAUAACGGUGUUACGGUCCCACCUCGAAUUCGAACAUUUAAGUUUAAAAAUGUUUUAUCUGCAGUCAACUUUACUGUAUAUUUCAUUCAGAUAUAUCGUAUUUCCUUCUAAACUAACAGCAUCAUUCACAGUUUUUCAACGGGAUUCUGAUUUUCGUUCCGCCUAUUUUAGGGAUCAUCAAUUUCACGUUCUUGAUGUUGCAAAACUAGAAUUCAUCCUUGUAAGGAGUCAGUUAACUUGUGCGCAUAAAUGUUUGAGAGAUCCGCGAUGUUUCUCAACAAACCUUGCGGCUAAACCUGAAGUAAACGGUGACUAUGUUUGUGAGUUGCUUCCCACAGACAGGUAUAACGCUUCUGACAGCUUUAGACGAAGUCCACACUCUCAUCAUUACAGUGUCAAGACUCUAUGUUUGUCAAACCCCUGUCAGUUUUACAGAAGCUGUCGAGCAUUGUAUCAAGUGAAAGAUUUCUGGAGCGGGUUUCUUCCGAAUAAUCACGGAAAUUAUUGUGAAAAAUGGCUAGUUGAAGUACCCACAGAUGUGUGCAUGUAUGGAAAAGGCAAUAGGCCAGGAAAGUUCUUUACACCAAUAGCUGGUAAAAUCUACUUCAUCAAGUUGGUGCAUAUUUCUGGUAUUGUGGGCUGCACAAAUAAAGAUGAAAGUCUAUGGGGAUGCAAGUCCCAUCUUCAUACCAUUCUCACAGACAAGGACGACAACACUGUUUUCCCGGAAGAUCGCAUCGCCCGUAAAUACAAGCUUUCUGGAUUUACAAAGAACUCUAAUGAACUGGUGUUUACUUUCACUACUCCAUUGAUGGUGACCGCUGGUCAAGAAUAUCGAGUUUGGUAUUUGCAGGAUCUGAACGACAAAUAUGAAAGCAACAACAACCCUGGCCCAUCCUGCAUGAAAGUCAUUUAUUUGUUCAGCAAAUAAACUUUGAAAAGUUUUGACCUAUUUAACGGCCUAUAAGUAAGUGUGGUAUAUAUAUUUACAAAUCAAAUUAACAUCAUCCUCAAGCCAUAUCCUUGUAGUUUAAUUACUCAAAGUUUCUUCCUUGGCCUGCCAUAGGCGGGAAGCAAGAAGAAAACCUUGAAUACCCGCUGUAAAGAGCAAGUUUUGUUAUGUAAAAGGAAACAAUCUAAAUCACUGUCAAGAAUAUCGACUUAGGUUCUAGGAAGCCCUGUUCAACAGGAACGAGGGUGACAGUGAAGGACUAUCCUGUAUGAAAGUGUUGCAAAAGUGUUGCCCCACACGUGUUACGCGCUCCUAUCAUAGCAGUAAAUUCAUUAACAUUGGCAGUAACAGCAAUACCUAUAAGUAUAACUUCUUUACCAGAAGAAUGGAACACAUUACCUUCUUUUUUAUUAGACCAGCUAUCUUUGGAUGAUUUUAAACCUACUCUAACGAAUUAUCUUAGUUCUCUCCAAUGAUUUUGUAUAUUUAUUAUUAUUAUCCAACUACGCUUCGUAUAGUACAAAUAACGCCAUA